UGAUCCCUUUGCCUCAUAUUCAAACUAUGACAGCAAAGAAAACUAAACGAAACGUCACGUCACUGUCAGUUACGUCAGUCAAUACUUCCGUUGUCAUCGUGAUCUGACCACGAUAUUAAUUGUAAUAAUUAUAUAUUUUAAGUUAAAUUAUUCAAACUGGCAUCGAGAAGAAUAUUGUUUGUGGGCUACCACAACUUCUCACCGAGCGUGGCAUAUCGGGCCAGCUGCAAUAGGUUAUGUUUCGUCCAUUCUAACUAGUCUUGGUUUACAUCAAAAUUUACGCUUUUUUUAGUAAAAUUGUUCGUUAUUAACCACAUGUAGCGCAUUGUUUUCACUAAAAAGUCACUAUAAACACCCGCGUUGCUUGUGUGUUGUUGUAUUACUUAGUUAGCGAAGUAUAUCCCUAUUCCAGAUUCAGCUACUGCUUCGUGUUGCGACGCAAGCACUCAAACAUGAUGUCGGCACAGUGCGCCCCGCGGCAGCCCCCGGGCCGGCUCGGGAGCCCUGGGAACCCCGGAAGCCCCAGCACGCUGGGUCCUGCGGUUACGAAGCGUUAUGACGAUAUAAUAAAGUCACAAGAGGAUAAGAGAGAGUACAGAGGCCUGGAGCUAUCGAACCGAUUGAAAGUCCUAUUGGUUAGCGACCCCACUACCGAUAAGUCUGCCGCCGCGCUCGACGUCAAUGUCGGUUACUUGAGCGAUCCGGAGGAGUUGCCAGGCCUGGCUCAUUUUUGCGAGCACAUGUUGUUUUUGGGAACAGAAAAAUAUCCAGAGGAAAACGAGUACAACAAGUUCUUGUCCGAGCACGGCGGCUCCUCGAACGCAUCUACCUCGUCGGACCACACGACGUACUACUUCGACAUUCUACCGGACCACUUGGGCAAAUCUCUUGACAUUUUCGCCCAAUUCUUCAUCGCGCCUCUCUUCACGGAGUCGGCGACCGGCCGCGAGCUGAGCGCGGUCAACUCUGAACACGAGAAGAACACGUCUUCGGACACGUGGCGGCUCGACCAGCUGAACAAGAGCACGGCCGAUAAAAAACAUCCGUACCACAAGUUUGGCACUGGUAACCGUGAGACGUUAGAAACGACUCCCAAGGCGAAAGGAAUAGAUGUUCGCAAAGAACUGCUCAAGUUUCACGACACCUGGUACUCUGCCAACAUCAUGACGCUAGCUGUCAUCGGGAAAGAAUCUCUAGACGAGCUAGAAGCGAUGGUGGUGCCCCUAUUCUCAGCGGUGGCAGAUACCUCGGUGGUGGCCCCGUCGUGGCCGGAGCACCCUUUUCCUCCGGAACUACGCAGAAAGCGCGCCUACUGUCUGCCUGUCAAGGAUCUCAGAAACUUGUCUAUCGACUUCCCGAUACCUGACACUAGGAAGUAUUAUAAGAGCGGGCCAGGCCACUACCUGUCACACUUGCUCGGCCACGAGGGUCCGGGGAGCUUGCUCGCAGAACUAAAAGCCAGAGGAUGGUGCAAUAGUUUGGUGGGCGGGACACGCAUCGGCGCUCGUGGGUUCGGAUUCUUCGGCGUGCAAGUCGAUCUAACCGAGGAGGGGGUUGAGCAUAUAGACGACAUCGUGGCUCUAGUGUUCCAGUACAUAGCCAUGCUCCGCGAGACGAAGCCCCAGCGCUGGGUGUGGGAGGAGCAGCGAGACCUGAUGGCGAUGGAGUUCCGCUUCAAAGACGCACAGGAACCCAGGUCUUUGGUCACCUCGCACGUCGGUCUUUUACAUGAAUUCCCUAUGGAUGAUGUCCUGAGCGCAUAUUAUCUACUGACGGAAUGGAAACCGGAACUGGUCGACGAGCUGUUGGCUAUGUUGACGGCCGAAAACGUGCGCGUCGGUAUAGUAGCGAAGGUGUUCGCGGACAAGUGCACGAAGGUGGAACCCUGGUACGGCACCAAGUACCUGCAGGAGGACAUUGACCCUAAGACAAUCAAGGAGUGGAACUCUAUGAGACCAAUCCCCGCAUUACACUUGCCGCCCCCGAACGAGUUUAUCCCGGCGAGGUUGGAACUGGAAAAGGAAAAGGACCCCACCUGCGACGCCGUGGCGCCAUCUAUGGUCAGAGACUCCCCGCUGAUGCGACUAUGGUUCAAACAAGACAACGAAUUCCGGUUGCCAAAGGCGUUCCUAACUUUUGAUUUGGUCAGCCCGCUCGCCUACCAAGAUCCUACAAACUGCAACCUGACUUCUCUAUGGGUGCUAGUGUUCCGUGACAGUCUACAGCAGUUCGCUUAUUCCGCGGAGCUGGCUGGUCUACGCUGGAGCAUCGGAAACGCCAAGUAUGGCGUCAGCAUAACAAUAGACGGGUAUGACGAUAAGCAGCACGUGUUGCUGGAGAAGAUCAUAGACAACAUCGUCAACUUCAAGGUGGACCCGCAGCGGUUUGCCAUCAUGAAGGAAAACCACAUACGAGGCAUUAGGAAUUUUGAGGCAGAACAACCUUAUCAGCACGCAGUAUACCAGCAAGCUCUAUGUUUAUCUGAUCUCGUGUGGACAAGAUGCCAGCUACUGGAAGCCGCCGAUCGGCUAACGCCGGAGAUGCUGGAUGACUUCGCAGCCCGCUUCGUCAGGAAGGUCCACAUCGAGGGUCUCAUGUUCGGGAACCUCACCAGGGAGAAGGCGCUCAGGAUCGCGGACAUGGUUGAGGGGAAAAUACCAAAGGAUGCUUCACCGCUUUUAGCACAACAACUUCUGCUAUAUAGAGAAGUCGAAAUAGAAAAAGGGGCACAUUACCUUCGUGAGAAAGAGAACGCAGUACACAAAUCAUCUUGUGCCUCUCUCUACUACGCGUGCGGCGUGCGAGAGACUCGACCAAAUGUUGUGCUAGAGUUGCUCGCACAGACCCUGUCAGAGCCUUGCUUCAAUGUGCUACGGACUAAGGAACAAUUGGGUUACAUUGUGUUCAGCGGCGUACGUCGCUCCAAUGGGGUCCAAGGGCUCCGAGUGAUAGUCCAGAGCGACCGGCACCCCGCCUAUUUGGAGCAGAGGAUAGAAUCCUUCCUUAAGGAACACAAGGAUUACUUAGAAGCCAUGCCAGAGGAAGAAUUCGCUAAGCACCGUUCGGCGCUCGCGGCGCAGCGCCUUGAGCGGCCCAAGCGUAUGUCUACCAAGGCCUCGCAGAUAUGGAGCGAGAUCAGCGCACAGGUAUACAACUUUGACCGGCCGCGAGUAGAGGUGGACGUACUCAACACAGUUACGAAGGACGAACUCUUACAGUUCUAUAAGAAACACAUAAGUGAUUCGUCGGCGGACCGACAAAAGUUGUCGGUGUACAUCGUGUCGACGGCAGAGGGCGGCGCCGGCGCCGACGGCGAGAAGAGAGACCAGGAGAAAACUGAGGUCAAGCCCACGGUCAUCUCAGAUCUCGUGGAGUUCAAGUCGAGGAGACGUCUGUACGCACACCCCGUGCCUUUCACCAACAUCCCGCGGAAAGGGGCGCAAUGCAAACUGUAACCUCUAACAUACACC